GGUCUGCAUCGAGUGAUUUUGUUUCAUCUGCACAACCGCGCCUACUACCCAUCUCUAGCCACCCUAUCAAGCUUCAAGCUCCUGUCCAGCACGCUGAGUAUAUUGGGCUACGGUACACUGGAGUUGAUGUCAUUGAUCAUGACUUUGGUCACUCUGAAACGAGUGUUAGGCUUCUCUUCGCUGAGUCAACUCACGUUCGUUCUAGAGAAGCAAGCCAACAAGAUCCAGAGCAAGCUAAUGAUCCUGUUCGUGUACCUCAUGGAGGUAUCACUGGUACACCUCGGCUCCGACCUCAGCUUCAAAUUUGCAUGGAUAAAAUCUAAUCCAGGACCUUGA